AUGGCCAUGUCAAGUGAUGAAGCCUAUUGUGAAAACGAGAAACAAUUAAAGGAAAGAAGAGGAAAGAGAGAAACGUAUAAUUUGAACAGACAUGUCAGAGACAAAAUUCAGGAAAGAUUGGAUUUCAAGUUCUAUGACUUCCAGGCCCUUGAGAUAGAAAAAGGAUGGAACAUGCUUUUUGUUUCUAUAAUUUCCAUAGAAACAGGGGAAACCAUAGCAAAGUCUGGAAAAGCAUCAGUGCAAAAUGGACAGUGCCAUUGGGAAGACUCAAUGUUAACUACCAUAUGGGUUUCUGAUGAUUCUCUUCAAGACAAGGAAACCUGCCUCCUUAAGCUUGUUGUUGCCAUGGGAUCUCCCAAGUUUGGUACCCUUGGGGAGGCUACUAUCAACUUAGCAAGUUACAUUAGGCCUGAAACUUCUACUGCAUCACUUCCUUUGCAACAUUGUUCCCAUGGGGCAAUCCUACAAGUUAAAAUUCAGUGCUUGACAUCAAGAAGGAAGCAUAGGAAGGAUUCAAACUCAUAUGUGGAGGAAAUGAGUGUUGGCUAUGAUGAUGUAGACAGUAUAUCUGAUGUAUCUGACAAUACAUUCGGCAGAACUGGUGGAUCUUCUUCACAUUGUGACCAAUUAGAAUAUACAUACUAUCAAGGAGAACUUAUUAGCAAGAGAAGACUUCCACUGUCAACAUGUUCAGAUUAUGACGUUGACUCUUUGGAGAGUUCCUUUCCCUCUUGGAUUGAAAAGUUUUCCCAACAAAAUAAUGUCAAUGAAUGGAAGGCCAAAAUGAAUGAGAGACAAGAUUCAACUUACUCAAAAAAUGGCCCCUAUGAUACCUCCAGAUCAAUAUAUUCAUCCUCUACACCAGCAACAUCAAGUCUAGGGACACAUCAUCAGGAAAAUAUGGAUGAUCUUCGGAAAGUUUCGCGUGCUAGUGACACAGCAUCAACAAGGAGUGCUGGUUCAUCUAAAGAUGUCCUGGCAGCAGCACAAGUAACGAUGGAGCUACUUCAUGGUGAGGUGAAGAUGUGGGAAGAAAAUGCAAGAAAUCUGAUGAUUGAUGUGGAGGGACUGCGGAAGGAGCUGAAGAAGAAGUCAAAGAAUAAAAGAGAUCUUGAAAUCGAGUUAUCCGCGUCACGCAAAGAGAAUGAUGAGCUGAAGGAAGAAAUUCAACGCCUAGCCACUGUGGUGAAACAAAAUGACAGCAGAAAUCUCAAGUUUCAGAUGGAAGAGAUGGAUAAUAUCAUAAAGGGGUUGAAAGAUGAGAUCAAGAAUCAGAAAGGACUUAAUUACAACUUGGUGUUGAAACUAAAGAAAACACAGGAGUCAAAUGUUGAUCUUAUUUCCAUUCUCCGGAAAUCAGAAAAGAUCAGAGAAAAGCAGAAGAUGGAGAUUGAAAGGCAUGGGAUUGAAGACAGUGAUGAAGAGGACUUUAGUUUGAGCAUGGAAGUUUUACCAGAGAAAAUGAGAAAGGAGCUUUGUCAUUCAGAUUUUGAUAUCUGUAAUAAUGCAAAUGCAAUAAGAUGCCUGCAUGAAGGGAUUGAACUGCAGGAAUUCGGGAACUUGGAGCUUGAGCGUCGACUUAUGAAGCAGAAACAAAAGAACAUGGAAUGUACUAUCCAUUUUCUGGAGAGAACUCUGGAUGAGAAAGAGAAACACAUUAUCAGCUUUGAAAAAAAGUUAUCUGAUGGUGUUAAUGUUUUCAGCGAUGAAAUCUUAGCUCUAACACAAAGGGUGCUUGAAUCAAAGGCUUCCUUGGAAUAUGAGAUUAAUUCUCAUGCCGAGUUGGUAAGAAGCUAUGAUGAACUCCAGAAUUCUAGUCAGGAAUUGAGAAAAUUACAUGCAAAAUUGGAGUCUGAGUUUACACCACUGAGAAAAGAUUCCAAGACUCUUGUCAACAAAGAUGAUGUAAGGAAUUUAUCUGAGUUAGAAAGUUCAGAUAAUGAACAAAAUACUUUGUUUGGACUGGAAGCAGAAAAUAUGCGGUUAUCAGAACGGAUAUUCAUCUUGGAAGCUGAAAUGAGACAUUUGAAUGAAGAAAAGGAGUUAAGUCACUUGGCGCUGGAGAAUUCAGAAAAUGCUGUUAUAAAUCUCCAGGCAGAAAUCAGGAGAAUGGAAAGUACAAAUGAGGAACAAAAAGUUGAUUUGAAAAGAAUGGAGGAGAGCAAACAGAAGAAAUGGAUAGAAGCUCAAGAGAAUAGCAGUUUUCUGAAAGAAGCCAACUUCAAAUUACAAGCUACAAAUGAAAAAUUGGUAAAAGAAUCUAAAACUCUUCAGGCAACAAAUGGUGAGUUAAGAGUCCAAAUCUUGGAGUUGCGCAGCCGGUGUACAUCAUUGGAAUCUAAACUGGGAGGAUCACAAAUUGCAUUUUCUGGUAUGUUGAAACAAGUUGAAGACUUGGAAUACAAAUUUUCUUCAAAGCUGGAAGAAAUGGCUUUGGAAGAAAAAGCCAUAAAUGUAGACCUAGAUGCACUUACUCAGGAAAACAAAGAGCAAUAUGGCAGGUUUAUCAUACAGGAGAGACUUUUAUCACAGAUGUAUAUGGAAAAAACAGCUGAAGUCGGUAAUUUGCAGGGAAAGAUUGAAGAAUUAAAAGACCAGAUAUCCGCCAUGUGUGACAGUCACAAGAGGUUAGCUUCUAGUAUUGUGCUUGAGGUCUAUGAUUUAUGUGCUGAUAAUGCUAUGCUUGAAGCUGCUCUUCAAGAAGAACAAGAGAAGGUAAAGCUAUAUGAAGCCCAGCUUGAUAAUCUUCGAGCUGAGUAUGAAGUCAAAGAGCAAAACUAUUCUGAAGAGCUAGCUGCUGUCAGGGAAAAACAAGAUAUUCUGAUGGUCAAUCAUGAACAAGUAGUUGUUUUGUUGGAAAAGGCCAAAACAAAUGAAGAGAAGCUGGAGAGCAUUGUUAGAGGGCUUGAAGCGGAUCUGAAAGCCUCUGAACUUGGGAGGCUACAAGCAACAGAAGAAAUUUCUGAACUAGAAGUUCAACUACAGAAAACAGAAAUGCUGCAAGAUGAACUCUUCGUCCAUAAGAGAUCAAUAUAUGAAGCAGAGCUGGAAUACAGAACACUUGAAGGAUCAUAUCAGAUGCUAUCCUCAGAGUAUGAGGAGCUGAAGGCUAAGCAAAUGUCUUACAUACAAAGAAUCUCAACCACUGAGAAAGUUACAUCCGAGUUGGAGGAGUGCAAGCGCUGUGAAUUUGAGUUUAAGAAGAAAAUUCUUCAGCUGGAAUGGGAUAUAAAAGUAAAAGAAGCUUCUUGUGUCAACAAUGCUCAGUUGAGGUAUGAAGUUGCCCAAAUGACAAGAGAAAAUGGUGAGCUACAUAGGAAGAAAGAUGCUCUUCAACAAGAGUGUGAAGAGUGCCAGAAGAAAGUUAAAGCUCUUGAAGAAAAGCUGAAACAAAAAGAUGCAGAACAAGACCAAUACAUUGCUAAAGAUUGUAGUACUUCUACUGCCCAGAAUGAUUUGAAGCUCUUCCAUGAAGAAGAUAAUCGCAGGAGUAUCAAAUCCAGUUAGAGGCCAUUGUUACUGCCACAUCCUUCCAAUGUUACUCAGAAGUUUCCCAAGAUGUUAUAAUCACUGUUUAAAUUACCACCAGUCUCUUUGUUCAUGGUUUGCUUUGACGUUCACGAUUACAAAUCAUAGGAAUGUUGCUGAUUAAACUUAUCUUAAUCUCAAGGACUGCGGUUUAUGAACUUACAGGUCAUAAAAACUUGUAUUAAGAACUUUGAAAUUGUAUCCAUGCUCUAUUUCUCCUUUAUACCAAUA